AUGAAACACUGGGUCAUCUUAAACAUGUACAAAGAAAGGAAGAAUGGCUGCGUCGACCUGUUUUACUGUGGACAGUGUCUGUCGGUGCUAAUGGAAGUUCUUAACCUGGUUGGUGGCCUCUUCGGUGUUAUUACCGGCGUGCUGAUUCUCACGUGGCGGUGGAUACCAGGCAUUCAGGGAGCCUCAAGACUCCUCAUGAGCUCAAAAUACACGGCGGUCUUGUUGCUGUUUGUCCGCGACUACAGGCUCUUUGCUGGUGUGAUUGGCGUUGUGGAGAUUGUUUUCGGACUCUUCUGCAUAGUGUCUGCGUUGGUGUCCAUUGUUGGAAGGCUUAAGGACUCCAAAAGGCUUCUGACCGCGAGCGCCGUCUUGAAGACGAUUAUCGCCAUUUUGCUUUGGGUAAGCGCCAUUGCUGUGGUCAUCAGCCAAUCAGCGAUCACCAGUGGCGUUCGCAGCACACUGAAGAGUGGACUGCAGACCAAUUAUCUAGCAUCUGCUCGCUCGGAGAACUCGAUCUCGGCUACCUUCUCCGUGAUACAGACCGAGUUCCAUUGUUGUGGAGUAGACGGGUGGACUGAUUACCAUGGCUUCCAAUCAAAUGGUGGAGGAGCUGUGAAAGCAUUGAAGGCCAUUAGGCUCGAGGAGCGCGAUGUAAAGAGGUUGGAGGCCGUGUUGCCCACGACGGCUGUGCAGACGUCACAAGCCAAGAGGUCUGCAAAGGGUAAAGGGAAGGUGAAAGUCUUGAGGCCCGCGGAAGGUGCAACGGUAGUAAAGAGCGUUGGGCCUGUACAUUUUGUCCGCCGGAUGCCGUUGACCUGCUGCAAGGGGACGGGAAGCUAUAGGUCGUUUCAAGCAUUGGAUAAGAGAUGCACUACCAAGCCAACUGAUACAAACUCUUACUGGAAAACCGGCUGCUUGGAUAAGAUCCGGGCAUCCUUCACCCCCUACUAUAUCUUCAUGGUGGUCUCCUUCAUUGGUCUACUGUUGAUGAGCGUGAUUAGCGUGUCUUUUUCUUGGGUCAGUGUGGCACGAGCGGGCAGGAGCGAAUACGAAAUAAAAUAGCAGACUUCGCCAGCUGAGGCAUGUCAGGAACCGAUGUUACCAACAGCAUGCGUCGAGACACAUCUGUCUUUUUAGAUUCGACUACAAAUCCUCCCCUUACCAUCUCUGUCACGAACUUGUACUCCAAGCUCUACGUUUUAUCAUAUACUUAAAUUCACUGAUCCGACAGACAUAUGCGAUGAAAGUAACAAGAUUAAUUAUACCGUACUAGUAACAAGAUUAUAGCUAGGUGGCAGGUCAGAAUGCAGGAUAACCAACUGGUGUACUGUUAAUCUCUCUGUCUUCUGGACAUUGAUGGUAGUUUACAUGAAUAUUGAGAGAAUCGUACUAGGUUAAGGUGAAACUAAAGUGACGCCAUUUUGCCAAUCUAAGAAACACCAGACCUAAUCAAAAAUCCUCAAAAUGGUAAAAGCCUCCCGAGAGGACGUUGUCACUCUCUGCAUGACCUCUGAACGACAUCUUGUCUUAAUGUUGGUGUUUGAUAGAGUUCUGGUGCGCGUCAGUUUGGCAAAAUGAAGUCAUCUUAAGAACAGUUUUCAUGGCGCUGACUGACCAGCGUGCCGUGUCGGCUUUCAAACGCAAGUGCGUAGUCAUGGCAAUACCGAGCGCAGUGAAAGUUAGUUCCCGCCAUUACACUGCACCAGAGUCAAUUCACAUAGGGAUUUAAAUGAUAAGACAAUACAGCUUUAAAAUAUAAUUGGAAUCAGCAGUUACUGCAAGCUAUCAAUCACAAGGUGUUUUUAUUGAUGCUUGACCUACCAUGACAAUGUUUGUCGGUCACCCUUAAGCUUCGUCAAUAUGAUUGGUAAACAUUGUAUGAUGUAUGGUCUUGGUUCAUCGAAUAUCCUGAAGAAAUCAAAAGUUCAAGUCAAGUUUGCUCUUGAUUUACAGUCAUAGAUUGUGUACUGAUGUACAGCAACUUUGACCAAGGAAGGGUGGAUUGUCAUGUGAUUCUAGUCCACUUUGAUAAGAACAGACACCGUGCUGUGUGAAGUACAUCAAUUCACCUCCUUGUUGGCAUGGGUCCAUCAUUGAAUGCCCACGACAAUGCCCUCGCAUAUCUCUAACUGUACAAAUACUGAUUAUUAAAAGCCUUCGGGAUUUCACCAAAAAGCAUUCA